AUGGGAAAUCCUGACCUUACAUUGACUGCCUCGGGAUCGACUUAUAACCUUCAAAAAGCCUGGUUGAAAUCUGCAGAAGUUUCGCCGACAUCAGAGAAAGAUUUAGGUUCUCCAACCAAAAUAUACUCAACUUCAAAUCUGCAAGUCAACCACGGUCCUUUCAUCGCAAAUAUGAAUGCCAAUAGUACUACGCGCUCACUGAAUAACAAGAGCAGUGCGAGUACUGCAUCUAGCGGAACGGCUGUUGGAGACUCUAUUGGUUCUCAUAGCCCCUUAAGAGAGCUUAAUUUUGCAGGAACUGAAUCUUCUGGAAAGGUAAUUGAAAAUCUACAUGCGCGAGUUGAUGCGUUGGCCAGGACAAACUUGGAGCUAACAAAUCAAUCAAAGCAGCUAUUGGAUAAAUUAGAUAAAAUUCAGACUAAUGAAACGAAAAGUACUGAUGUAAUAUCGAAAUUGAGGUCCGAAAAUGCAAAUUUGAAUUCUAUGCUAACGAGAAAGACUCGUAAGAUUAAGGAACUCGAAACGCAGCUAAAUGGUGUAAAAACCAAUUUCAGUGAAAUUGCCAACAGUCAUGAUCAUAUGAAAGCAGAGUUCGAGAAAAAGUGUCAGGAGAUGGAAAAGCUGGAGGAAAAAUGUCAAUAUUUCCAGGCCCAGUAUAAUGCAAUAGCAGAUGCCCAAAGGAUUUACAGGGAACAUUAUGAAAAGGAAAUCUCUGAAUUAAGACUUGCCUUUGAGAAUUAUAUUAAGGAUAACGAGAAGAGCUUGAAGAAGAAGGAAAUGAACCUAAUAGAGAAUCAAGCAACUCUAGAUAAAAAGCUAAGCGAAUACAGUGAUAAAUUUCACAGGAUGGAAAAAUCACAACAGCACGUUGCUAUGGAAUUGAAUACAAAAUAUGAUAGAAUUAAAUCCACUUUGGAUCUAGAAUCUUGGGCUACUUUGUACAAAAAAGUAAGGGAAACUGCAAUCGACUAUGCCAGACAGCUGGACCUAACAUUAUCGGAAGAUUUUAUUCAGAACCACGGCGACGACGGCUAUUUUGUCAGGAAGUUCGUUGAGAACAUUGUGGUAUCUCCGACUUUAAGUGAUAAAAACUCUAUCUUCGAUAACUCAGGUCAACAUUCGCGCAGCUCAUCCACCUAUAUACCCUCACCUACUAUUCGUAUCCCCAAAAGCCGCGGAAAUACUGUCAAAAAGUCGAAUUUCUUUUGUUCCCAGGAAUCUAAUGUCAACAGCGUAGCAUCUCAUACGUUGUUGCCAGGUAUCAAGCGCAAUUCCUCAAUUAGAUGUAGCUCGGCUAGAGUCCUUUCUGAUAACACCCCCGAUCACGAUAUCCAUCAAAAUAUGGCGAACACACCUGUACAGAGGCACAGUAGAAAAUCCCCUGCGGCAAUUGAUCAAUACCAGUAG